ACCUAAACUCAAAUCUUGUAUAUGUAACUUGCUGUCAAGUCAUUUAUUCUAGGGAAUUAGCUAAGAUUUCCUAGCUUUAGAUUGGACUGUCAUGCUGUUCAAAGUGGCUUACUUUGAACUGACAUAUUGUCGGAUAUUUCUUGAUAUGCACAGGUGACAGGAUGGCAUGUGAUGUUAGCCACUUAUUUUUAAUGUGUGGGUUAUAUUUUACUCCCAAAGCAAAAUUCUGCAGCAUUUCUGGAGUACCACCUGAGAAUUGUUGUAUACCAUGUCGAAGAAGCGCAAAUGGGAUGAUGAUUAUGUUCGUUACUGGUUUACUUGCACAACGGAAGUUGAUGGAACUCAACGCCCACAAUGUGUUUUAUGUAAUUCAUUAUUUUCAAAUGCUGAUCUCAGACCAUCAAAACUGUCUGACCAUUUUAAUAGACAUCAUGGUGGUAUAGCUGGGCAUGAUAUCAGUAGCCUGAAGCACAUGCCAGCACCAUCUCAUCAGAGUAAAACCAUGAAAGCGCUUGGAGUUGCAUCUCAAGAGGAUGCCUUAUUGCAAGCCUCAUAUCAGUUUGCAUAUUUAUGUGCCAAGGAAAAGAAUCCUCAUACAAUAGCUGAAAAAUUAGUGAGACCUUGUGCAUUGGAAAUAGCACAAAUAGUUUUGGGACCAGAUGCACAAAAGAAGCUUCAGCAGGUUCCCUUAUCACAUGAUGUGAUCCAUUCUAGAAUAGAUGAAAUGAGCCAGGAUAUUUUACAACAAGUUCUAGAAGAUAUCAAAGCCAGUCCUCUUAAAGUGGGUAUUCAGCUUGCUGAGACAAUUGACAUGGAUGAUUGCAGUCAGCUAAUGGCAUUUGUAAGAUAUGUAAAAGAAAAAGAGAUAAUAGAAGAAUUCCUGUUCUGUGAAUCACUCCAUUUAACCAUGAAAGGAAUAGAUGUGUUCAGUCUUUUCAGAGACUUCUUUUUGAAACACAAAAUGGCACUUGAUGUAUGUGGCUCCAUUUGUACUGAUGGUGCCUCCUCUAUGCUAGGAGAAAAUUCAGAAUUUGUUGCCUAUGUGAAGAAAGAGGUACCUCAUAUCGUGAUUACACAUUGUAUGUUGAAUCCUCAUGCACUUGUCACAAAGACAUUGCCAACAAAACUGAAAGAUGCCCUGUUUACUGUGGUGAGGGUAAUAAAUUUCGUCAAAGGACAAGCUCCAAAUCAUCGCCUCUUUCAGGCUUUUUUUGAAGAAAUUGGUAUAGAGUACAGUGUCCUCCUUUUCCAUACUGAAAUGAGGUGGCUUUCCCGAGGCCAAAUACUUACUCAUAUUUUUGAAAUGUAUGAAGAAAUAAAUCAGUUUCUUCACCACCAAAACAGUAAUUUAGUCGAUGGCUUUGAAAAUAAAGAGUUUAAAAUUCACUUAGCAUACCUCGCAGAUUUAUUCAAACACCUAAAUGAACUUAGCGCAUCUAUGCAAAGGACUGGGAUGAACACAGUAUCAGCUAGAGAGAAGGUAUCUGCUUUUGUUAGGAAGUUUCCAUUUUGGCUAAAGCAAAUUGAGAAGAGAAAUUUUACCAACUUUCCUUUUCUUGAAGAAAUACUUAUUUCAGAUAAUGAAGGAACAUGCAUUGCAACUGAAAUAACACUACAUCUGCAGCAAUUGAGCAACUUCUUUCAUGGAUAUUUUUCUGUUGGAGAUCUUGAUGAAGCAAGUAAGUGGAUAUUGGAUCCAUUUCUUUUUAAUUUGGAUUUUGUUGACGAUGGUUACUUAGUGAAAAAUGAUCUUGCUGAAUUACGAGCUAGUGGCCAAAUCCUAAUGGAAUUUGAGACAAUGAAGCUUGAAGAUUUCUGGUGUGCUCAGUUCACAGUGUUUCCAAACCUGUCAAGGACAGCUCUAGAAACCCUUGUGCCGUUUGCAACUACAUACCUUUGUGAGUUGGGAUUUUCAUCACUUUUACAUUUUAAAACAAAAUCUAGAAGCUGCUCUAAUGUGAGUGAUGACAUUCGUGUGGCUAUUUCAAAAAAGGUUCCUCGUUUUUCAGACAUCAUUGAACAAAAGAUACAGCUACAGCAGAAGUCACUGUAAGCUGAUAUACUUUUAUGUAUAAUUAUUAAUAUAUUCUUAAUGCCAUUGUAAGAAUUAAACUGUAAAUAUCACUCUUUUGUAUUUAUAAUGUACCAAAUCCUAAGUGGGAAAAAUUAAACAACUUCAACUUUCAAUGAGGCAAGUGAAGAUGUUUGAGAAUAAGAGAAGCUAACACAAACAGCAGAAAAGAUUAA